AUGGCACCAGAUAGAGAAUAUUCCGCAUUCCCUAUUAAGACCGUGAAGCCUUACGCACUUUUACCACUACCAGAACCCUUGAUAAUCAGCGGCUUACUUUGCCCAAAUUGUCGCAAACCCCACUCGACGAAAUACUUCAAACCCGCAAAUCAAUCUAACGAGCCCCUCAUUGGUGUUUCCGUAGUCGCCCAAUUGAUACACGGCGAUCCAGGAGCUAACCCAAAUGACGCCCAGACUAUGCCCCAAACAAUAAAUCAACCUAAGAAGAAAUCGGUGCCGUUGAUCCAACAAUGUGUGGGAUACGAAGGCAAAUUCGCCAAAGGUCAUACCACGCGGAAAAAUGGCGAAUGUGCCAUCAAGUGUUGCCGCAACUGCUGCGAACAGCUCAAACCGAUCGACAUACGGUGCUCAAAACACAAUGCGAUGCCCAAGACCAAACAGCAAAACCGUGUCGGCGGCAACAGCAACGUCUCCCUGAACGCGACCCAAAGGCAGCGUAUACAGAGCCCCAGCAUCAAAAAUGACACCCAAGGUGAUGCGGAACCUGUUCUAACGCAGGGACCACCUCAAUCCCUUUCAGCAGACGUCUAUCAAGCCAGCCAUGUGUUCUCUAGCCCACUCAGCGCUGCACAGAUCAACAGGUUCCGACAGACGACCUUACAAAAACAAGCGGAAGAGCGUGACGACAAGGAUCACGCCUCAGUGGCAAGUAAGACUGCAACUUUUGUCAUAUGGGCAGGAAUGGAUGAUAACCCCUUGGGGUGUGAAACCUGGCGUGUAUACGCCCCGCGAUGGCCCACCUUGAAGCUUAAUCAGUCGACUACUCUAAUGGAACAAGUUCGACUCAAAUUGGGUGACACAUGGAAUGGUGACCUUCAAGUUUGGAUUCCUGAGGAAAAAACCUGGGUCAAGAUGCAAACAUCGAUCGUCGAGGAGUAUAACCCAUUAUGCCGGCGAAUUCUCAUUCUAUUUCCUGGCGUCAAACCAGAGACCUGCAAGGAUAUCGAUUUCCACAUGGACUUGGUAAAAGCUAUGACAAACCCUAACGAUAUCUUUCAACCUCAUGAACAAACUCCAACUCCUUCGCUACCACAACCGACUGCACACGCUAUCGCUCCACCACCUCCACCACCUCCACCCUCCGAUGGCGGUGGGUCGCCAGAGCCAGAGAUCGAAAUUCUAUCGACCUCAAAAACAGUAUGGCCCACAAACCCUGCGGUCUCUAUGAGAUCCCUUAUGCAGCUGGUACAAUUAACACUGGCACCUCACGACCUAUCAAACCAAAAAGCGUUUGAUCGGGUGUACGGUAACUCUUAUACGUACACACAGUCCACCGUCUCCAAAUACCUCAGAUGGCUUACGCCACUCGAAGAGAAUGGGAGGCUCUCCGCUUAUGUCAAUCAAGGUAACCCCAGUGUGAUUGCAGGGAGAGAGUACUUCGGAAAGGAAUGGAAACAAUUGGACAAACGGCGCACCAAGACCAAGGCGGUGCGACGAGUUGCUUAG